AGGAAGCGGAGGGAGGUGUCAGAGAUGGUCCAGGUAAAUUUAAUAUCUCUGACCCACACUGCUGUUUUCUUUACAAACAUAAUGAGAGAUCUUGGAAAAUGAAACAAAUACCUGAAACACGGAGAAAAUUGCAUCAAAACUACCUUGCACUUGAACUUCUGACUUUAAACUACGUUCUGAAAAAGAGGUGUUCUCAAUGUGUAAACGAUAAACCAAUUAGAAAACAACAAAAAAAAAACCCAGCUUGUCAUUAAAGAAUAAACUUGCUUCUCCGUGAAACAGCUUUAUUAAAGAAAGAACUCUCCCACGGAAUGUAAGGGGAAAUGUGAAGUUGCAGCGUUGAUUGGUGUGUCCGGGUGGUGACUGUGUUGUUGGAUACAAACUGACCUUCAGUGCACUGGCUGUUCAUUCCGUCUCUCCCCAUCCUAAGAGGGGACGCUGUUACAGACCUAUCCGAUCGCACAGUGACCACAGGCUUCCAGGAGCAGUUUACAUCCUCCCCCUGGGGAAUCCUUCCGAUUCUUCUCGUCAAUAUCCCGGUUUAUUGUCGUCUUUAUUCGAAGGCGUCAUCUUCUUGUCGACAACAUAACAACCUUUUUGAACGAGCUUGUCAGCAGCAUGGAACAUUGGUGCAGAUGCCACUAUCUGAACGAAGAAACAAUUAAUCUCUUAAAACAUCGUGGCCGUUCAACACUUGAAAGCAUAAAGAACAUGACGAAAAAUGACAUUGACAACCUUAACUUAAGUAUGGGUCAGAAAGCAGCACUGCGACAUGCAUUGCGCUCAGAAAAUGCACAAACAUGGAUACAGGAAAUGAACAUUCCAGAAACAGAGGGUAUUGAUUUUGGAUGGAUACAAUACAUUACAGAACUCUUUAUUUUGUGCGAUGGUUGUGGAACAGACCCAAUUGUGGGGACCAGAUUUGUUUGCACUCAGUGUGAUAACUUUGAUUAUUGCACCAUGUGCUUCUAUACAAGAAAUCACAAAGACCACUUAUUUAACAGAAUUGACAGUCCAGGCACUGCACCGAUUUAUGCAGGAAAAUCAGGGAAAGGAAGAUUAACUGAAAAUGAAAGAUUUUACUAAAAUACCAGGAAUGUUGAUCAAGAGGAACAUCUAUUGUAAAAGUUUGCUAGAAGCAGUUUCAUCUUAAUAUGAACGAUUUCCAGGAAACCUUUAAUUAUUUGCCACACUGUCUAAACAAACUGGUUCAGGUAUACAAUGUGAAGCCUUGGUGUGUUUACUGCGGUAGUACAUCACCACUGAUUGGCCUCAUUUCUGAUGAAGGGCUUUUGCCCGAAAUGUUGAUUCUCCCUCUCCUCGGAUGCUACCCAACCU